CUAAAGAACAAAAUGUUACAAAAGGCGACGAUGUCGACUUUCAGUCCUCAUUAAAAAUGUGGUUUGAAUCUCAGCCUAACUGUGCCAUGAUGGGUUUGCAGGCGACGACAGCAUCCGGCGUGGCGACCGCCCAGGGCGGCGGCACGAAGCGCAAGCUGGAGGAGGCGGCCACCGCCCCCGCGGAUCCGGCCGCCCCCGCGCCCGCCAAGAGCGGCCGCUGGGAGGCGGACGACUGCAUUGCGCGGCUGCGCGCGGUGGCGGUACCGGCGGCGGACGCGUGGCGGGCGCCCACCCCCGCUUUGGCGGCCACCCUGUUGACCGACGAGGAUUUCGACGAGGACGAGUUCGAUGAGGAGCUGUCUGAUGAGGAGAGGUGCUCGGGCGGCAUGCCGGAGCCGGCUAGGUUCAGCCAGCAGCCUUACAAUAGGUACCAAUCGCAACCCGACUACUGGCAAUACUACCAACCGCCCCAGCAGCAAACCAUCCGCUGCGAGGAGAACGGCAAAUCGUACCUCGAACUAGGCGCCUCCCCGGCCGUUCGAACGCGCUGCUGCGACGGCAGAACGCGCUGGUGCCACGUCCCCUGCUACAGGCAGCGCCGCCUGGCGGUCCUCAACCUUUCCAUGUGCAAGCUGGCGCGCUACCGGCAGUGCUCCGACCCCUCGCUGCGCCGCUCGGUGCUCAUCUGCAACACGCUGCGCAGGCUCGAGAGAGAGAUGGAAGCCGAGCCGCCCGAGCCGAGCUACUCUGCCCCGGUGCAGCCGCCCAUAGCGGUGCCCGAGGCGCCGAGCUACGAGCAGAGCCUGCGCGACAUGAACUGCUCGGGUAGGGCGACCCCUUUUCCCAGCACCGGCCCGGACACGGACUCGGGCUUGGGGGACGAUGAGUCAACGCGGCCCAUCAAUUGGGGCUCGGUGUUGAGCCUCACGAGUCAGACGGAUUUGGAGUCGCUGAACAAUAACGAGUUGUACGCGGAGUUGGGGCUCGGUGGGGUGGAUAAUUCCGAGUGGAAGGACGCGGGGCGGACUGAGAACGAGUGGGACGGGUUCAUGCAUGUGCUGGUGGGGGGUACGUAGCAUUAGGUGGCUAUGUAAGGUCGGUUAGGUGCAGGCGGGGAGGAACGAGUGUUGGCGGAGGUGUGAGGUUAUGUUGGGAGAGAUACGGCGUCUUAGGAUCAUCCAAAUGCAUUUAGUUCCUAAUACAAUAUACAGGGCGUCUGGUCGUGGUUAAAUAUUCUAGCUCUGGUGAUGAACAAGUUUAUAACCUGUCAGAUAACCACAAUAAUUUGACCUCAGUAACAACCUCACUAUCACGUUUAUCGAGAUAAUGGAACUUAUAAAGAAAAUUGAAUUCCUAUCUCGGAACGUUCCAUGUUGAUUCUUGUUCUUGAUAAAUAUCAACGAAUAGUAGUUGUAACAAUCGAAGAAAGCAGAUUCACGAUAGCAGGCAUUUACGCUCUACAAAAAAAAAUUUGAACAAAGUUUCAUAAUAGAAAACAUGGAGGAUCCAAAUC